GCCGAGAGAGAGAGGGAGGGAUUCCUUGCGCUCGCCUUUUCAAAAGCGAGUCGGCCCGAAAUUCCCUUCGCUCUCUCCUUUUUCCCACUCACGCUAUUUAAAACUCCCUUCUCUCUCCGCUCUCUCUACUCUCUGUGUUUUCAUUUUUCAUGGUCUUUGGUCGCGAUAACGACGAACGGAUAGAAGACGCUGGCCUUUUUCCGGGAUAAAUGAAGCCCUAGGGACCGGAAACGUCGCCGGUAAAUUCUUGAGAGACUGACAGUUGGUCGACAAUGAGGGUAAACGGGGUGGAGGAGCCUAUGCAAAGGGAGUCGGUUCAGACGGUAUCUGCUGAUGUGAAUUUCGCUACCAGUAGAUUCCCAAAUUACAGAAUUAGUGCAAAUGACCGCAUUGUGGAUCCAAAAGAAAGCCCUGACUUACCAUCUAUGAAGGAUAUUGUUGCUCGGGAGACUGCCCAGCUGCUAGAGCAGCAAAAAAGAUUGUCAGUGAAAGAUCUUGCAAGCAAGUUCGAGAAGGGUCUUGCUGCGGCUGCCAAGUUGUCUGCUGAGGCAAAGUUUCGAGAGGCAGCCUCAUUAGAUAGACAGGUCCUUUUGAAGAAAUUGCGAGAUGUUUUGGAAUCACUAAGAGGUCGGGUGGCAGGUCGAAAUAAGGAUGAUGUGGAGGAGGCCAUUUCCAUGGUGGAGGCAUUAGCUGUUCAGUUGACCCAGAGAGAAGGAGAAUUACUUCAGGAAAAAUCUGAAGUAAAAAUGCUUGCUAGUUUUCUUAAGCAGGCUUCAGAGGAUGCAAAAAAGAUGGUUGAAGAGGCAAGAGCAGUUGCUCAGGCAGAAAUUGAAAGCGCUAGAGAGGCAGUGCAUCGCAUUGAACAAGCAUUUUCGGAACAGGAAAAGGUGUUACAAGCUUCUGAAAAGCAGGAUCUGAAUGAGUUGAUGAAGGAGGUUCAAGAGGCAAGGAGAAUAAAAAUGUUGCAUCAGCCAAGUAAGGUAAUGGAUAUGGAACAUGAGCUCCAGGCCUUGCGGAUUCAACUAGCAGAAAAGUCGUUGUACUCCUUGCAACUACUCAAAGAGUUAUCAGUCAGUAAAAAACUUGGGGAGAAGAAACCUCAGUUGUUUGAGUUAGAUGGCCCUGAAUCUUUAGGUUCAUGUUUGCGGAUUGUCGGUUGCGUGGAUGAUGCUCCUGAUCUCUCAGAACAUGAUAUUCAGUGGUAUCGGGUUUCACCUGAAGAUGGAAAAAAGGAAAUGAUCUCAGGUGCCAGCAAGUCCAUUUAUGCUCCAGAGCCUUUUGAUGUUGGCCGACAGUUGCAGGCGGAAAUUGUUUUGCCAGGGCAAACGGUUGCAGUGACAACUAUUGGCCCUAUAGAUCCUGCUGCUGGAUUGGGCAACUAUGUGGAGGCACUCGUUAGAAAAGCUGAAGCGGAGUUCAAUGUUGUCAUCAUUCAGGUGAAUGGGCUUGAACAAUCGUCACAUCCAAUACAUGUCUUCCAUAUAGGGAAAAUGAAAAUAAAGCUUUAUAAAGGAAGAGCGAUAAAGGCAAAGGAAUCCUAUUCUUCUUCAAUGCAGAUAUGCGGAGUUAGAGGUGGUGGCAAUGCUGCAGCACAGACGCUAUUCUGGCAGGCAAAAAGAGGCCUUUCCUUUACGCUAGCCUUUGAAUCAGCAAGAGAAAGGAAUGCAGCAAUCAUGCUGGCCAGGAGGUUUGCGUUUGAUUGUAAUAUUAUGCUUGGCGGGCCGGGUGACCGCGAACGGCAAGGGACAUGACUCUGGAACCGGCCUGUCCUCUGUAAUUUGUACUGUUGUAAGUAUCCACACUCAUUAUUGAACCAUUGGAGAGCUCAUCAGAACUGCCAAGUCACGGCAAUGUUGUAGAAGCUUCCUGACAUCCAUGUUGCCUCAGUUAACAUCAAGGCAUCCUUUUUACUUGCCUUUUUGUGAUUGAAAGCAAAAUCUGGUAUAUCUGCGGGUUUGCUGAUUUGAGCCAUGCCCCAUUUGUGUAUGCAAAUUUGAACAAUGUAUUUACGAGUCCUUCGCUGAGUGAUUGGGGGUGCUGGAUUGUAGUUAUAGCUCAUUAUGUAUUGGUUUUACUGUUUAUUCUACUGAAUGGAAAUUUAAGCAGUUUUGACAAAAGGCAAAAA